CCCUUGCCAGAGCGUGGAGCUGGAUACGACGGCUUACGGCGUUGGCACCUGUUAGCCACGCACUGAUGGACCAUGCUCUUGGACAUGCCGCCGUCGAUUUUGGCUGAAUUGUGGUAUGAUAUGAUUCAGAGCUGAAGCCCUAGCUUCUUCAAGCCCAAAACCUUUCGCGGCCGACCUCAUGUUCUUGGUUUUUUUUCUGAAGCUCUUUCAUUUUCUGUUUCCAACAGUCAUACCUCCGACGCCAGAGACGAGACGAUGGAGUGCUCUGCAGGAGUCGGCUAUGACGCCGUAGUCGAGCGGGAGAAAUGCUAUGAGGUCGUCAUCAUUGGCUUUGGUCCCGCAGGCCUUGCGCAGGCGAUCGCUCUGUACGAGCAAGAAGCUGCCCCGAAGGAUGUCUUGAUUCUUGAGAAGUCCACCGGCUUCCGCUGGCGUGGCAACGAGUUUCCAGAUGGGAGGGCAAAAAUGAGAACGAACAUGGUGCACGAUUUGGUCACCGCCAGAAAUCCCAAGUCCGAAUUCACCUUCGUCAACUAUCUAUGGACGACGGACAAACUGGUGGGAUACACAAACCUUGGACUGAUUAAUCCUCCAAGGCGGCUGUUUGGCAUGUACCUCGAAUGGUGUGCAGAGAAGUUUGAAAAGAUGAAUUGGGUGCAAUAUGGCCGCGAAGCGAUGUCCGUCGAGCCGAAUUUUCCUGAAGCGAGCUCGACCGAUCGUUUUCGAAUUCGAGUUCGCGACAUCGUCAGCAAGAACGUGGAUUCCGUGAUCGCAAGAAAAGUCAUCGUCGCUCCCGGAGUGCUCAAGCAGAUUCCCGCCAUCCUUCGCCAACCCGGGCUUGAAGACCGUGUCGCUCAUAGUUCGGACCUAAGGCUGGUAGAACCCAAGAUCCUUCAGCGGGCGGAAGACCGGCUCAAAAUCGCAAUCAUUGGCGGCUCGAACGACGAAGCCGCCGAAGUUCUCCAGCACUGCAUGUCGUGGGAGAGACCGGCCGAGAUAGCUCUUUUCACGGAUGGAGACGUCUUUCAGCAAGCAGACAAGAACCCCUUCGCUCGGAACACGUUGCUUGCAUCAGAAACCAAAACGUUCGAGACCCUCAGUCGAGGGUACGGCCAUGUAAAGCCAGAGUCGACCAUGCAGUCCGACAUUCUCAGCUCUCUGUACCUUCGAAACUACGCACAAGACAUUCGAAACCCCACCAAAGAACAGUCCGAGUUCACGGUGGCACAAUGCCGCAAGCUCGUUCGAGCAAGUCGGCAAGACGAAUCGGGCAAGUUAACUCUGUUCUUCGAAAAUGUGCUGGACCACACUGUGAGCUCUCAUGGGCCCUUCGACUUUGUCUUCGCCGCCUCCGGGUAUUCGCGCGGCUUGCACGAGAGGCUUGUUGCGCCGCUCAAGGAAUAUUUCGACGACAGAAAAGGGGGCCUGAGUGUGAACGCCGACUACAGAGUCAAUCUCGACCGACGAUUUGUCGAUCGUCGAGCGGGGAUCUGGAUGAUUGACGGGUUUGAAGGCGGCACGAGCGACGCUUUUUCAUUCAUGGCAUUGAGAGCAGACAGGAUUUUGAAGUCAAUCAUGAGCGCUGACAAAAGCGCCGAAAACGCGGCUGAGAAUGGCCUGGGAAGAGAGCAGGUCCAAAGACCAGCAUUGUAAGCAUGAUUUGUUCGGCUGAUGGAUGAUAUCUGGCAAUGAUCGGACGUUCUCGUUAAUGAUACUGUAGCGAAACAUUUUGCAAAGUGAAUAUUGGCAUUGAUUUCUGUCGACACUAUCAGGAAGCACUUUGGAAGAUUUGCUGAAACGAAUUUCCCUCUCAAUUUGCGCAUUUUAUUGCCAAGUCAGCACAAGGGACGUCAAGUAAUCUACAAUCUAGGUUGAACGGCUGUAGCCUGGCGCUGAGAUAGCCACCGUUCACCAAUUUCUCUGAGCAUGAACUUCUGGAUUUUCCCGCUUCCCGUCAGAGGUAUCUCGCCGGUCAAGCCAUCUUCACCAAGCCAAAAUAUAUGAUGCGGUGAUUUGUGUCUGCCCAAAGUCUGUCUUGUCCAAGCUCGAAGCUCCUCGUCGCUCGGUCGCUCGUGUCCAGGUUUUCGUUGCAAGAAUGCACCCACGACCUCUACCAAACGAGCAUGCUUGAUGCCAACGACUAUGGCCCGCUCCACGGCCGGGUGUUCGACUAAUCUAUCUUCACUAAACCGUAGUCAGCACAGAUCACCUUGUCAAGAGAUAUCUUCUAGAAAAGUAAACUUGCAUUUCCAGUGGAUAGAUCUGGC